AAAAAUGGAAAAUUUGGCAUUAUGUUAUUUUGGAAAAAUUCAAACUUUUUCACUUGAUCUAAUUUCAUUUUUAAUAAACUUCUUUAAGGGGAAUGGUCUGAUUUUACGUAAAGUGUAUGGGGUUUUUUAUUUUAUUUUGACUAUCAUUUUAUUUUUUCUAGUUGAAGAAAUGUAUAUUAUUCCUAUUCUAUCCAAAAGAUUUACAACAACAACUUCUUUAUUUAGUCAAAAAUGUAGAUCGCUAAGUUUGAGUUCUCAAUUAAAUGCCGCUUUGACCGUUCGAGACGCUUUAAAUCAAGCAAUGGAUGAAGAAUUGCAAAGAGAUGACAGAGUGUUUUUGUUAGGGGAAGAAGUUGCUGAAUAUGAUGGGGCUUACAAAGUAAGUAAAGGCCUUUGGAAAAAAUAUGGGGAUAAACGGAUUGUUGAUACUCCGAUUACUGAACAAGGAUUUGCUGGUAUAGCUGUCGGUGCUGCUUUUGCCGGUCUGAGACCAAUUUGUGAAUUUAUGACUUUUAAUUUUGCAAUGCAAGCAAUCGAUCAAUUAAUUAAUAGUGCUGGAAAAACUUUUUAUAUGUCUGCUGGACGGGUUCCCGUUCCUAUUGUCUUUCGAGGGCCAAAUGGGGCCGCUGCCGGUGUUGCUGCUCAACAUAGUCAAGACUAUGCUGCUUGGUAUGCCCACUGUCCUGGUCUCAAAGUAAUUUCGCCAUAUUCCUCUGAAGAUUAUAAGGGUUUGUUGAAGGCGGCGAUUCGAGAUGAUAAUCCUGUUAUUUUCCUGGAAAAUGAAUUACUUUAUGGAACAUCUUUCCCCGUAAAAGAUGAAGUACUUGACCCAGAUUUUGUUUUGCCAAUUGGAAAAGCUAAAAUUGAAAUUGUUGGAGAACAUUGUACUUUAGUCUCGCAUUCUAAAGGUGUUCAAAAUUGUUUGGAAGCAGCUGAGAAAUUAAAACCUUUGGGGGUUAACGUUGAGGUGAUCAAUUUGCGAACUCUCCGACCUCUUGACUUUGACACAAUUCGUGAUUCUGUUAAAAAAACAAAUCAUCUGGUAACAUUUGAGACUGGUUGGCCUUUUUGUGGUAUUGGAGCUGAAAUUUCUGCACAAAUUUCUGAAUCUGAUGCUUUUGAUUAUUUAGAUUCUCCAGUUUUGAGAGUUACAGGUGUGGAUGUUCCAAUGCCCUAUGAAGCUAAAUUAGAAGAAGCAGCACUUCCAUCGACUGAUGAUUUGGUUAGAACAGUGAAAAAGAGUUUAAAUAUAGCUUGAGAGACUUAUUUUUACACAAAAGGUUUAUAUAAUUGUUUUUUGUUUGUUAUUCUUAGAGUUCAUAAAGGAGAGAAAUAAAGGGGAAAGCAUGAGCGAUCCAAGGAUAGGAUUCUAUGAGCUAAAAUAAGGUGUUCACACACCUUGGGGGAAGGUAAGAAUUAGCAAAGCCAAAGGGACUGAAAUGAGUUUAGUUGUUUUCUCUUCCUUUUCUCUCUUUUAAUUUCAUUUUUAUGUAGUUAGAAGUUGACUGAAAAGAUGCCCGGUUAUUCAUAAAUAGAACAAAUUUUUCUAUUAUGAAAGAGGACGC